CGGGUUCAAGAAACCUUCGUCUCAAAAUAGCAAAAAUUACCGGUAUUGAAACACACACACACACACACACUGAAGCCAGAAGUCCCGUGUCUCUACCAAGAAAAGAGACUCGAAAUCGACUUCAGUAUUUCUAAACCCUAAAUCUUAUCUUUCAAAAUCGGAGAUUAUAUUUUCACCGAUUCCAAUCCCUUCAAGAUUUAUACAGGUAUAUUGUACAUAUACGCGCACUUUUAUGCAUAAAAAUUCUGUAAGUUUUUUGGGGGCAGAUUAUUAGAAAUCGAAAUCUGAGAGAUGGAUAUCGAGCAAAAGCAAGCGGAGCACAUAGAUUACUUUGUGAAGCAGGCGUCCAAUCUCAAGGGCUCCUCCCUCAGAAACCUCGUCGUUGAGGCAACUUCCCACCCCUCCCUCUUCGCUUUCUCCGAGAUUAUCUCUGUUCCUAACGUCCUGGAGCUCGAAGGAACUGAGAAUGCAGCCUUUCUUGAUUUGCUUCGAAUGUUUGCCCAUGGCACAUGGAGUGAGUAUAAGAGCGUUGCUAGUCGUCUUCCACCAUUGGUUCCUGAUCAAGUCCUCAAGUUGAAGCAGCUUACUGUGCUUACCCUGGCUGAGACAAAUAAGGUAUUGCCCUAUGAUGUAUUGAUACAGGAGUUGGAUGUUAAAAAUGUUCGUGAGUUAGAAGAUUUUCUGAUUAAUGACUGCAUGUAUGUGGGGAUAGUCAGAGGGAAGCUGGAUCAGUUGCGGAGAUGUUUUGAGGUACAAUUUGCUGCAGGGAGGGAUCUAAGGCCAGGACAAUUGGGCAGUAUGAUACAGACAAUAUCUGACUGGCUGUCAACGUCAGACAAUCUUCUUGUCUCAAUUCAAGAGAAGAUCAGAUGGGCAGAUAAUAUGAGUGAAAUGGACAAGAAGCACCGAAAGGGAGUAGAAGAAAGGGUGGAAGAAGUGAAGAAGACACUAUCCUUCAAGUUACAAACUGUAAGCAGGCCGACGCCGAGUUCCGAGGGCAUGAAGAGAUCUUUUCCGAACAUGGUGUAGUGAUGGACUACGAGGAAGAUCGAAGCCGGCCGAAAAGGAGACGACACCCCCUGGGUUGAGGAUACAGACUAAGAAGAGAUCAUAGGACAAGUCGGCCAGAAAAAAGGCUAUUAUUAUUAAUUUUUUUUUGGUUCAUUGUGUUGCAACAAAAACCAACUGCUGCCUUUCAUGGCAGUGCAUCCUCAUCGAUUGUAUUUGUUGUUCAUUAAUAGACUUGAAAUUAUAGCCUUUGCUCGUAUCA